UAUUCUAUGUUUGGAUUUAUAAAAAGAAAAGCUUAAUUUCAACUUAAGAUAUCUCACCCUCAGUCCAAACAAACUAAGAAAGUACCAUGCAAAAUACAAAAGAAAAAACAAAUAACAUAUAAUUUUCCCAUGUAAGGGAAGCAGAAGCUUCUGUUUUGUGUAAUUUUCCACAGAAAUUCAUCUUGAACUUCUUCAACAUGAAGUUACAAAUCAAACCAUCAAAAUUUGCUAUAAAUUCAUGCCCAUUUCUUCCUCCAAAUGCCACAAAACUCAUCCAAGAAUCUUAACUCUAGAGCAUUCAAUCACUCUUUCUUCUUUGCCAGUUUUUUCUUCUUCUUCUUCUUCUUCUUCUUCUUCUUCUAAUGGCCAACUCUGAAUUUCUCUGCUCCUCAGCUCUCUCCGAAACUGAAUCUGUUCCUCAAUCAAAAUCCUUUCCCUCUGUUUUGGCCUCCGACCACUGGGUCAAGGCUGCCAAAGCUCUCAGCCACACCCAUUUUGAGGAGGUUUGUCGUAUGCUAUUAGAGUUUCAAGAGGCUCAAACCGUUGACAUCGAAGGCACCACUCUCACUGUCGCUCAAGUCACCGCCAUUGCUCGUCGAAGCGAUGUCAAAGUCAUCCUGAAUGAAGCUGUGGCACAUGAUCGUGUAGCCAAUAGUGCAAAAUGGGUUGCUGAGAAAGUCUCUAAGGGAAUCGACAUAUAUGGAGUUACCACCGGCUUUGGCGCCACCUCCCACCGGCGUACGACCAAAAUGGCCGACCUCCAAACAGAACUCAUUAGGUUCCUCAAUGCUGGAGUCAUUGGGAAGGACAAUCUUCCAUCUAGCUACUCAAAGGCGGCCAUGCUUGUUAGAACAAACACAUUGAUGCAAGGCUACUCCGGCAUUCGUUGGGAUAUUCUUGAAGCUGUGGUGAAGCUCAUGAAUGAGAAUUUGAUUCCUAAAUUGCCUUUGAGAGGGACAAUCACAGCUUCUGGAGAUCUUGUUCCACUGUCUUAUAUUGCUGGAGUCAUCACUGGAAGGCAUAAUUCUAAGGUUACCACCAUUGAAGGCAAUGUGAUAACUGCCAUGGAAGCUCUCAAGCGAGCUGGAAUUGCAAAGCCAUUUGAGCUUCAAGCAAAGGAAGGUUUAGCUCUCGUCAAUGGAACUGCCGUUGGGUCUGCCGUUGCUGCAACAGUUUGCUACGACGCCAACAUUUUGGCUCUUUUAUCUGUCAUUCUCUCAGCUUUAUUCUGUGAAGCCAUGCUUGGGAAGCCGGAAUUUGCAGACCCAUUGACUCAUAAGCUUAAGCACCACCCUGGCCAGAUUGAAUCCGCCGCAGCCAUGGAAUCUCUCUUGGAGCAAAGCGAUUUUAUGAAAGAAGCAAAAACCCGCAAUGAAAAUGACCCAUUGUCAAAGCCAAAACAAGAUCGUUAUGCACUUCGAACCUCUCCACAAUGGCUUGGACCUCAAAUUGAAGUCAUUCGAAUGGCAACUCAUUCAAUUGAAAGGGAAAUCAACUCUGUUAAUGAUAACCCAUUAAUCGAUGUCAAUCGGGAUCUAGCUCUACAUGGAGGAAACUUUCAGGGAACCCCUAUUGGAGUCUCCAUGGAUAAUCUCCGAAUCGCCAUCGCAGCAAUUGGAAAGCUAAUGUUUGCCCAAUUCUCUGAACUUGUCUGUGAUCAUUACAACAAUGGAUUACCAUCUAAUUUGAGUGGCGGGCCAAACCCUAGCUUGGAUUACGGCUUCAAAGGAGCAGAAAUCGCCAUGGCUGCUUAUUGCUCUGAGCUCCAAUACUUAGCAAACCCUGUCACAACUCAUGUUCAAAGUGCAGAACAACACAAUCAAGAUGUAAACUCUCUAGGUCUAAUCUCAGCGAGAAAAUCCGCCGAAGCCAUUGAGAUUCUCAAGCUCAUGUCUGCUACAUACAUGGUGGCGCUUUGCCAAGCAAUCGAUUUAAGACAAUAUGAAGAAAAUAUGAGGGAAGUAGUGAAAAAUUCCCUUCUACAAACCAUCAGAAAAACCUUAUACAUUGCAGAAUAUGGAUCUCUUCUCGAAUCGCGAUUCUGCGAGAAAGAUCUUUUGCAAGUAAUCGACCGCGAGGCGGUCUUCUCCUACAUCGACGAUCCAACCAACACAUCCUACACCCUAAUCCCAAAACUACUGGAAGUUUUAGUCGAAAAAGCGCUGAAAGGAAUUGCAACAAGCAAAAUCGAGAAUGGAAACGAAACAGGGAUUGCCAUUUUCAAGAAAAUUCCAGAGUUUCUUGAGGAAUUAAAGGCGAAACUGGAAAAAGAUGUUGAAAAUGCGAGAGAGAGAUUCGAGAAUGGCGAAUUCGAAGUGGAAAAUAGAAUCAAGAAAUGCAGCACUUACCCGAUUUACCGAUUCGUGAGGAGUGAAGUGGGGACUCAACUGUUGAGUGGAGCGAAGAAAGUGAGCCCUGGAGAAGAUAUUGAGAAAGUGAUGGAAGCCAUUGAUGAAGGAAAGCUUGGAAAUGUUGUGAUCGAGUGUUUGAAGAAUUAGGGCAAUUCUGUUUUUGCAUUUGCAUUUGUUCUUCCCAAGUUUUAUGUUUAGACGAUGAAAUUGCAUUAAACAUGCAAUAGGGAUUUGAAUUUCAUCUUUCUUAUAUGGUUAUUCAUGUUAAAUAUCCUUUUAAUAAUGUUAAUUUCAAUGAUAAUUGAGAAAUUAGAGAGCAA